UGUCUGGGGCGCGCACUUCCGGGGACGCCGCGAGCCAGACCAGCUGAGAGCUCCUGGGGGAGGGAGUGUGAAGUGCCUCGGGUGUGAGAGACAGGAUUUAUUCAGCACAUAUUCUUUGAACUUCUCCAGUAUGUCAAGAACUUGAACUGCUCAUUGAGUGCUACAAGUCCGACAGACAAGCCUGCACAAGCCUGCCUAACAUGGGCUGUCGAGAUGUCCAUGCAGCCACGGUCCUGUCCUUCCUGUGUGGAAUCGCCUCAGUAGCAGGCCUCUUUGCGGGGACUCUACUGCCCAACUGGAGAAAAUUACGGCUGAUCACGUUCAACAGAAAUGAAAAGAACCUGACUGUUUACACUGGCCUAUGGGUAAAGUGUGCCCGCUAUGAUGGGAGUAGUGACUGCCUGAUGUACGACACUACUUGGUACUCCUCAGUUGACCAGCUGGACUUGAGGGUCCUACAAUUUGCCCUGCCUCUCAGCAUCCUGAUCGCCAUGGGGGCCCUACUGCUCUGCCUAAUUGGAAUGUGCAAUACAGCCUUCAGGUCCUCGGUGCCCAAUGUCAAACUCGCCAAGUGUCUGGUCAAUAGUGCAGGCUGCCAUCUGGUGGCUGGGCUGUUCUUUUUUCUGGCAGGUAUUGUAAGCCUCUCCCCAUCCAUCUGGGUCAUCUUUUAUAAUACCCAUCUGAACAGGAAGUUUGAGCCAGUCUUUACAUUCGACUAUGCAGUGUAUGUCACCAUUGCUAGUGCUGGGGGCCUGUUUAUGACUUCCCUUCUUCUGUUUAUUUGGUACUGUGCAUGCAAAUCUUUGCCUUCUCCUUUCUGGCAACCACUUUACUCACAUCCUGCCAAUAUGCACACUUACUCACAGCCCUAUUCAGCACGCUCCCGUCUCUCUGCCAUUGAGAUUGACAUUCCAGUAGUUUCACAUACCACCUAAUGAGGGAAAUAGUUGUUAAGAAAAACUUUGUAGCCUCACAUUUCCCCUUUCCAAGGAGUUGUUUGAACCUAUAUAUGUUUUCUUUUCAUUUCUGACCAGUCAGUGAAACCAAGUUUAUGUGUUCUGGUAGAAUGAAGUGCUGCUAGUUUUUAUGAAAAGUACUUUAUAUUAAAUGUGAAUUACUUCUUUUCUUUUGCUUCUUAUACUAGAAGAGUUUUUAACCUUCAUAUUGAUGUCUAAUCAGUUAAAUAGGAGGAACUUUUGUCUCAGUUGAGGUGAUUUAGAGCAACAUGGUAAAGUUAAAAAUAAUGGCUAAGAGAAGGUAUUAUACACAAUCUGAGUUUUUCAGGUUGUUUAUCGUCCUUUCCCCCCCAGAAUACUUUAAGUUAGAAAAAAAAAUUAUUUCACAUAUAAGAAAUUUAUGUUCAGUAGGGUAAUACUAAACAGUAAUCAGUCUGUCAGUUUAAGACUAUGACUUACUUCUCGCUCACACCUACUUGUAUUGAAUAGGGUCCAGAAUUUUGAAGAUAAUGUUCUUUUGUGAAUUCCUUAUCUUCUACCUCAUGCCAAUGGUUAAGAAUUAAAUGCAGUUUAUGUGAUGUCAAAGAAUAAGCCUAACAUUUUAAAUGUUUGCUAGCAAUGAAUAAUGUAUUACAGGAUUUUAAAUGCUAAUGAUUCUAUAAGUUAUUGGAGUUAAAAUGUGCUCGUGAUUGGUGCUUCCUCUGAGGCAAUACAACCUUUUCCUCUAAUACUAAGUGGUAUUCAUAUCCAUCUAUAAUCUUUCAGUGACUGGAAGAAAGAGGACCAGUGUAUUGUAUUCUUUUAACAGUGAUCAGAUGCAGUCAUCUGUUCUUCAGUGACAAUAUUAAUGGUUCACUCUAACUUUUGAUUGAUGGGUGAAAGUUAAGGCAUAACCUACAUUCACCCUUGAUUCAGAUCUUUCCCCAUCAAUGAUUAUUCCUUAAGCAUUUAUCUGUGUCCAACACUUUAGUAGGUGCUAGAAGAGGAUGCAUGGCAAAGAAUGAGAUCUGGUCCCUGUCACAAAGUUUAAUAGGGAAGAUAAACCACUAUUGAUCUUAAAAUUAAUAAUUAAGGGAACAGUCUGACUUUAUUGGUAGCUGCUCUUAAUUUCUCAGUCAUUGCUCCAGUAAUAUAUUUCAAAUGCAAAGGCUUUUACAAUAUCAGCAAUAUUCUAGAACUUCGAAUUUAAUUCAUUAUAGAUCCUUUAGAGCAGGGCUUCUUAAACUUACUUCAUUUGCAAUCCCUUUUUGUCCAAGAAAUUUUUAUGUGAUACCCUGGUAUGUUAAAUAAGUGUACAAAUGAAAUAUUUACUGAGAACUGUAAAGAAACUUUAUUUUACAGUAGCCCUCAUAUUUAGUUAUAUUACCCUAUGUUUGGGGUCACGACCCACAGUUUGAGAAGUUAGGCUUUAAAGGAGUGGUUUUCAACCGUUGGUCUCCAGACUGAUGCAUUCUAUAGAUGUAAAAAGGUUGAAAAUCACUGCUCUGUCCCAGUGGUUAUUCAUUGUCAGUUCUCAAACUGACCUCAAAUGGGUGGUGGUCCUGGUUGAAAACCACUGCUUUAAGUGCCUACUUUAGAUGCUGUCAUAAUAAUAUGUAUGGACAAAGGUAUUAGAGAAAUUGUUCACUUCUGAAAAUAUAAUAGAAAAUGGAGGGGUACUCAAAAUAUCUUUUUUACUUGGGUAAAAUUUAGCGGAACUAAUAAUUUUGAGAAGAAGUUUAGAAAUUCAGGGAUGUUUGGUCUUUGCCUUGAUGAAUUUGAACUGCUGCUUAGUUGGUGUAGUUAGUACUGUGUUCAUAAGGUUUUUAUUCUGUUAACCAUUACAAAUUUCAUGAACAGGUAGCUGCAUGGGAAACAGAUUAUUAUGCCCUUUUUGCAGAUUUGCAUAUGGUUUAUUGUUCUGUGAAUAUACUUCCCUCCAAAUCCCAAUACUAGUUUAUGUAUAUAGCACAUAAUUCCACUUGUAUAAAUUUGAAGUAUCAGUAGAAAGCAUGCAAGACUAUGGCUUUUUAGUUCUGGGUUCUGAUUUUAUUCUUUUUAGAUCUUCUCAGACAUAGUUGAGUCUUGAUCCUUCCAAAAUGAUGGCAGGUAGAAUUUUUACAUAAAAUUACUUUUUGUGUGUUUCUUGGGGGCCAUCCCUGGUGGUGUUCAGGGCUUACUCCAGGCUCUGCACUCAGGGAUCUCUCCUGGCAGGCUUGAGGAACUCAGUGUGGUGUUGGGGAUCAAACCCUGGUUGGCCACAUGCAAGGCAAAAAUGCCCUCUCUGUACUAUCACUCCAGCCCAUUAAGAUUUUUUUCUCUUCCUUUUUUGAGGGGAGGCAAGGGGCACACCUGGUGAUGCUCAGGGGUUACUCCUGGCUCUGUACUCAGGAAUCACCCUUGGCAUUUUUGGGGGAUAGUAUGGGGUGCUGGGGAUCAGACAUAGGUUGGCCACAAACAAGGUAAGCACCCUACCCACUGUACUCUCUCUCUCUCUCUCUCUCUCUCUCUCUCUCUCUCUCUGGCCCUAAGAUUAAAUAUUCCCCUUUGCUGAUUUAUUUCAGUCCCCUCUCUCACUAAAAUUGUCUAUAUAGUGUCAAGAAUUCCACCAUUCUUCUUUUCCUUGUAUAACAAUGGUGAAGAAAUUUAGACUAGCCAUUAAUAUAAGAUAGUGUUUGGACCAUGGGACCAUAAAUAUAAAUGUUAAACUUUUCUUACAAGAAUCUUUUGAAUUUAUAAUCUGUAGCCUCAAAAUGGUAUUUAUUAGGAAAUCACUUAAAAGAAACAGGUGUUUCCCUUACUGCCUUUAAAUGGUUCAGAUUUGCUCUCAGCAGCUGUUCUUCAAAGCCAUCAAAAGAAAGAGAGUGUUUAUCAUUCUUUUAGUACUUUUAAGGAUUCAUCAGGCUCUCAUUGUGAUGGGGAUAUCUUUUAUGGCGGGAGUGGGGGGGGGGGGGCGAGCAGGGAUUGGUCCAUACCCAGUGGUGUUCAGGGCUUCUUCCUGACUAUGCACUCAGGGGUCACUCUUGUGGGUUCUGGGGGACCAUAUGGGUAGCCGGGGCUUGAACUUGGUUCGACUGCAUGCGAGGCAAGGGCCCUAGCCAUUGUACUAUUGCCCCGGUUCCACUUCAAAUUCAUGUUGUAAAAGUCUAUUUAAUAGUAAGCAACUUUUGUAAAAACCAAUUUGGAAACCAAAUUUAAAUGUGGGAUGAAUGUUCCAUAUACAAUUUAUUCACCUUUGCGGAAAAAAAUUCCUGAGUUUACUUGUAAAUAUACACUGCAAUACAUAAUGUUUGCUGUAAGCUGUAAUGUAAAACUUCACUAAAAACUGCACUGUACUACUUGAUGUUUAUUAAAAGAUGUAUUUUUAUAAGUUUCUGUUUGUAGUCUUAUUUCCUCAGUCUUUUAAGGUAGACUAUCUUGAGAAAUGUUAGUUGAAUAUAUGUAAACUGAAAAAGACAUAUUUCACUUUAAAGCCUUAUAAAAUAGCCAUUGAAAAGUAAAUGAAAACCAUGGAUUUAUUGUAGAAGCGUUAAGACUUCUUUGCCCGUUCUAGGAGUGGCCCUAGUUGUUUGCUGAACUGUUUUAAACUAACAUACCACCAAAAAGUACUGAAUGAAGUCAGUGUGCCAGAUUUGUCUUUUCAGUGAAUGAAGUUUCUUAAUGGUCUAUGAUUUUGGCGAUUGGGAAUUCUCAAAUGGUUAAAUAG